AUACUUUGUUAUGCAAUUUUACUGCCAAGUGUUGACAAUGGAUGGUCCGCAACUUAGCGAUCAGCAGCUGCGCGAACUUGGAGUGACUUUCCACGAGCCGACUUUACCGGCCAUACGCGAAACAGUUGUCAUAGAAGGCCGAAGAUGCAGGGUCUUUCGUUCGGAAGCUGAACGUAAAGCGAGUUUAGAAGCUUGUAAAGUAGAAGUCGUGAAGAAUUGCUUGAAUGGUGCAAGGAGCUCCUGCGUCAUGAAGGCCAUGGACACGUGUCGAGGACCGGCUUGGCGUCGCUGGCUUCCCUUCCUGCCAGGCGCUAAAGACCCCAGGAACAUGGAGGCAUGCGAAGCACGCGUUGUCGAGGAGUGCCUUUCGGGCGCUGCUGAGGGCUGUACGACCCAUGCCGCCCAGCUGUGCGCCCAGUCGCACCCCUCCCGCAUGUGGCUGGAGUGAGGGGAGCGCUCUUCAACUGCUGGCAGUUGACAACACACGCAUUCCGUCCCAGUUGCGACUGGAAGAUCUCGGGGGCAGCUGAGAGAGGGCUCAUGGCUGUGGCUCUUGUAGAGGCGGUGGCAAAGGCUGUUUUUGGGAGAGCCGUCGAGCUCUAGGAGCAGCUGGUUCCGUACUGUCGUACCUCCUUUGUGCCUUUCCUACGUCAACCACCUUGGGAUGUCUCCCGAUCGUUAUCGCAUCGGACUUUUGGACGACACGGCUUUGUGCAAACGACUAUGCUUCUGUGGUUGGCUUGGGGUUGGCUACCCGGGUUGAAGCGGGGCAGGGGGGGUGGGGGCACUCAGGGCGCUCAAGCCGGCAGCCAGGCAGCCAGGCAGCCAGGCAGCCAGGCAGCCAGGCAGCCAGGCAGCCAGGCAGCCAGGCAGCCAGGCAGCCAGGCAGCCAGGCAGCCAGGCGCAUCCGGGUGUUAAGGGAACUGGUCGCGAGCCUAUGUAACGUACUGGGCUUGUCGGAAGAUAAUGUCGGAAGAUGAUGUCAUAACAGGAGCGCUCGCGUGUGUGUCUGCGUCUGUAUCUUUGCGUGGUGAUGGCGGCGAUGGGGGGGCUUACUGGGGCGCAUGCAGCACCCGUGUGCGGGAUGUGAUGGGGUGACAGACGCAACACCCGGUGGUGGGGCGUGGAUGGCCCGCGCGGAGCCACUCAGUAUGAGACGACGCCUUUGGGAGCGCCGCUCGCAUGCAGUGUGGGAGCGGUGCGUAGUUGAGCGGAAACAAGAGCAAGCAUUUGGGAUAGGUCCGCAUGUGAACCGCAAGUACAAGCAAAACAGAGGUAAAACAGAGGUAACCAGACCUGAACCAUUAUGCAAAACUGCUUAAAUAGCUGGUGCUGGAUGUAAGAAGAGCGGUGUGUUGACGACGCAUGUCGGUGAUGCUGAUGGUGUCGGA